AUGUUGCCUAAAUAUCUCUUGUUUCGCAUUUCAGCUCUAAGAGUUGUGAAUCUGAGUCACACUGGUAUUAGAGCAUUGCCUUCUUCCAUCAAUACUUUAUGUCAACUACGAUCUCUAAUACUACAAAAUUGCAAUGAGUUGAAAGAGUUAUCAGAUAUUGGUAAUCUUUGUAAUUUGCAAUUGCUUGAUUGUGAUAAUACACGGUUAUGCUGUCUGCCGAUAGGAAUGCACAAGUUGUCAAAUAUGAGGUUAUUAAAUAUGCCUGCAUCUGAUUUGGAGAGUAGUAUCGGCCAAGGAUUUUUCCAGAAAUUUUCUAGCCUUGAAAUAAUAAAUAUGAUGGGUGGCUAUCUUGGAUCGACUUCUUUUGAUGAGAUAUUGUCUGCAUCUGACUUGGAGAGUAGUUUGAUAAGAAGCGAAAAGGGAAGUCUCCAGGAAGCUGGAAACUGUAUUACACAAAAUUAUUCCAGGAGAUUAAGAUUACUUUUGAAUUCCUUUUGUUUUUGUGACAUUCUUGGGGUUGAAGGAAGUGAACAGUUUGAUGAUCCUUUGCCAAAUCUGGAACAUCUCAGCCUCUCUUCUGAUGAACAUGCAUUAUCCACCACUGCUUCAAUACAAGUGCACUAG